UGAAACUGUCAGGUUGCUGCCAAGGUAGCCGCGGUACCGCUGUUGUUUCGCCGGCGGGGAGGCAGGCAUCCGGGUUUGUGGAGAGGCGCGACGUUUAUGCAGAAUGUCAUCAGAUGAAGAGAAAGGCUCGCUUCCUGUUAUACAGAAUGACUCUGACCAGGCCAGUUCUGUGUCUUCAGAUCUUCAGGAAGAGUAUGAAGAACUGCUUCGUUAUGCUAUCGUGACUCCAAACGUUGAGUCAGGUGCUUCACAGCCGUAUCAUUCUAGGGGAGAGGUGGGACCAGAUGUGAGGGUUCCUACUGUAAUUGAUGAUAUUCUUCAUAAUCAAGCAGGAAAUAGCCCUGUAGUAAGAGAAACAAAGAUGGAAGUUGGAAAAGGAUGUGAUUUAAAUAUUUCAAGUCAUUCAAAGACAGAUGGGUCAUCGCCAGUGUCGUCACCGAGGAAGCCCUCACACCCAGUCAUGGAUUUCUUCAGUUCUAACCUCUUAGGUGACUCUUCCUCACCAGCAUCUAUUUCUAGUCAUGCAGACGUCCAUGAAAUCGUUGUGAGCGAUUUUCUUGUUUCGGAUGAAAACCUUCAGAAGAUGGAAAACGUACUGGAUCUUUGGAGUUCAGGGCUUAAGACAAACAUCAUAUCUGAACUAAGCAAAUGGAGACUUAAUUUUAUUGACUGGCACCGAAUGGAAAUGAAAAAAGAGAAAGAAAAACAUGCAGCACACUUAAAACAACUGUGCAACCAGAUCAACAGCUUAAAGGAGCUGCAAAAAGCCUAUGAAGUUUCCAUCGGGAGAAAAGAUGAGGUCUUCACUUUUAAAUGUCUUUUUAAGUGA